AUACUGACAGUUAAUUCAUUUACUAAUUUGCUUUGUUUUGUUAAAAUGAUUUUUCAAACAUUACUGAGUGAAGUUGAACCCGCAUUUAUAUAUGAUUUUAUUUCAUUAUUUAUAUUUUGAAAUAACUAUUACAGAUGUGGACUUUUGACACUUUUUUUAAGCAUUUACUAGAUAAACCGUUAACUUGUUUUGAUCCAUUUAUGAACUGGGAGAUUCGUACAAUAGUUGUAAAGAUAAUGUAUAUCAAAAGUUAAAUGCAUUCGCUAUGCAAAGCUCUGGAAAAAUUAAAUUAGUAGAUCUGAACCCACUUUUGACAUGCGUCUUAUGCAAAGGAUAUUAUAUAGAUGCCACAACUAUUAUCGAAUGUCUUCAUUCUUUUUGCAAAACAUGUAUUGUCCGCUACUUACAAUCUAACAAAUUCUGUCCUACAUGUGAUGUGCAAGUUCAUAAAACAAGACCACUUCUGAAUAUUAGAUCUGAUCAAACUCUCCAAGAUAUUGUAUAUAAAUUAGUUCCAGGUUUAUUUAAAAAUGAAAUGAAAAGACGGCGCGAUUUUUAUAGACAAGAUGAUGCAUUAGUUCAAAAGUCCAUCCCAUCCUCAAGUGAGAAAAGAGGUGAUAUCUGGGGUUGUGAUCGUCUUAUAUUCACUCCAGAGGAUAUUAUUAGUGUUUCAUUGGAAUAUUCACCUUUAAGCAGUAACUCACCUAGGGUUUCAUCAAAUUUGUUUUCUCUAGAGAGCUUCCAUGUUAAUGGUGACAUCAACAAAAAGCGUAAGAAGUGUGCUAAAUCUGAUCGUCGCUAUCUCCGAUGUCCUGGUGGUUUAAAAGUUCAUCAUUUAAAAAAACUACUUCGAGCCAAAUAUGGACUUCUAAAUUCUGAUAAAAAGGUUGAUUUAUUAUAUAUGCAUGAUGUUUUGAAAGAUGAGUUUACUCUGGUAGAUCUAGCGUACAUCUAUGCCUGGAAAAGGAGUGAACCUCUCAGGCUUUUCUACAAAAUAACUGAAAAAUCAAAUAUAAUUGUCCAGAACAUAGAAAAUUCCAAUAUUAUUGAGGCUUUUGCAAAUACAGUAGCUCUUGAAAACCAAGUUCCUUUAGUUGUAUCUACUGCAUCCACAUCUACGUGUACUAUUCCCAUUGCUUCACUUGCCCCUUCUGUGGCAACAGCGCCUUCAUCUCGUCAUCCAUCCCCACCACCAUCUCCUCAAAUGGCUCAAGAACCAAAUUAUUUUCGGGUUGCGAACCAGAAUGCUGCCAUUUUGCACAGAGGGCAAGAUGCAACACUUCCAGAACCCAAAUUAAAAAGUGCACUGAAGAAAACCUCUAGCUUCAAUUCAAGUGAGUCUCCUCCAAUUUUGAGAAAUUUGGAUAAUGAUGUUCCGGAGUUUGCCAGUAAAAGUCAGUUAGAAAAAGGAAUUCUAACAAACUGUAAAACUCCUAAUGAUUUAAAACUGAAGAAAAGAGUUACAUUUAGUGUAAAUCUAGUUCAAGAUUGCCAAACCAACAAUAAUAGUAUGAAGCGAAAAGCACCAAAGUAUCCUGGUCAUCGUGGCUUGUACAAGCAUGACCCAGUUAAUGCUUCGACAAUCAACAAAGUUUAUCAUUCUAAAAACAAGGUCUUAUCUCGUAAAAGUUCCUGACCCCAGUGUUAACAAUAUAUAUCUAUGUAUGAGCUUUAGUAAAUUGUCUUUCCGUCACUGCCUCAAAUUCAACUCAUUCGUUUGCAAGGAAAAGCAAAAAAAUUUCAUUAUAGCACAUACUUUUUGUACAUGGAAACAAGAAUUUUUAUGAAGACUUUAUUGAUUGGUUCUAGAAACCAAUUCAGCCUGUUCUGAAAAUUUAAAUGUAUGUAUGAAAAAUGGUAUAUUGCAUAAGGGAAAUAUAUAUUGAAAAGGGAAUGAUUAUGAAAUCAAUUUCAAAAUCCAGUUAAUGUUUUGUAGGUAUAUUCUAACAGUGAAGAACAAGUAUUUUAAAAUAUUGUAAUUUGAUGUACCUACUGUUAAAGGGAAGGUGUUAGUGCUGCAGCAUUACAUUUGAAUAAUGCAUUCUCUUUAAUUAUUUCAUUAAAAAAAGUAUCACUAUAUUUCGAGGCAUCUAUAUAUAUACAAACAUGACACAUUCUGCAAAAACCUGGAUUUCAGUAUUUCCAAAAUCAAAUUCUAUUAUUCUUGAUGUCAGUUAACUUUUUUUUUAUGUAACAAUUCUACAUUAUUUUUAUAUCUCAAGCACUUUUUGUAUAAAUUUAUUCAUUUUGUUGUUCAGUUAAUUAUAUUUAUGCAUAUCUCAGUGUUUAUGUUUGAAACAAUUCAUUAUUUUAUGAAAUUCAGCCUUUUUGGUUCCAAGCCUGUGUCAUGUCUGUAUAUGAAAAUAAUUUGAUUGUUAUUGGUAUAUAGGAAUCCUUAUAAAAUCUGCUUGAAAAAAAAUGGUUAUUUACUGAUAUUUUAGUAUUACUUUUCUUAAAUAAUUAAACUUUUUUUUUUUUUUUUUUGCUUAGAACUUCUUGUCUGCAUUAAGCAAUUCAAAAAUCUGCCAUCUUUAAGAAUAAAAAUAUUUAAAUGUUCAUGAAUAAUCAAAUGGGAAUUCUUUUCUUUUGGAAAUUUUAUUCAUCACUUUGAAAAAUUUGCUAAAUUACUAAAAAUAUCCUGUGCAUUUAUAAAUCUUGGAACUCAAAAUUGCUUAAUUUAUUAAAUUAAAUAUAGGAAUUAUUAAUUACAUGAUUUCAAAAAGUAUUAAACAUUAAAAAAAAAUCUUUGAAGUAAUUUAUUUGUACAUUAACUUAAAACUUCCAAGGUGCUUUAAAUAUUGGAUGGUUCAUAUUUGCAUGUUGUUAUUUAAAUAUACAUUUAACAUUCGGUGUAAUAAACUGCCACCAAUAAGUGCGAGGAGUGAACGUUCAUUCAUCAAUGCUCAAAUCAUUAUCUUUAUAAUGCAUUAGAAUGAUUAUUAUAUUACUACUAUAUUCAUUAGAUAUUAAUUCAUGUUAUAAUUAAGAUCAUGUGAUUUUUUAAAAAAUUUUGCAAAAAAAAAAAAGUACUAUAACCUCAAAAAUGCCACACCUGAUUCAACCUACAACUUUUUGAUUAGAUUGCAUUAUUAUGUCUCUUCAAAAACUCCCAGUUAUAAAGCUUUAUUAAUUAAAUUUCUUUUCAGUUUAAAGACUUUGUAAUUCUAUCUGCGACGAAAAAAAUGAUUUUAAUUAAAAUUCGCUGUGUAUAUAUCUGCGCUGAAUUAAAGUAACGAAUAUGAGAACAUUUCAGUGAAACAUAUAUAUAUAUAUACACGAAAAAAGGGUUCAAGCAUAUAUUUAUGCUACUGACUUGAUAUUGUUAAGAAGUUCCUCGUUUUAUACCUCUAACAUUAACUUUUUUUAAAAAAUGAACCAAACUAUCUAAUUCUAUAAUUUAUUUUCUUGCUGCAGAUCCUUGCAAGAAUGCUUUUGAAUCAUCUUAUAUAUUUGUAGCUACAGAUAAUUUAGUGUGCAUAUAAGUGGAUAAAGAUAAUUGAAGUCCAGUUUCAUUCUUUUUGAUUAUUUUAAAAUUUUUGUUUAAAACAUUUGUCCAUUUAAACAAAUAAUUUUACUACUGCUUGUCUUGAGAAUAAGAUGAAGCAUAAUAUUUUGCUAUAAAAUGAUAGAUUAUUAUGUUAUAUAAAAAUUGCGAGCAAUUGUAAAUGCUUUUUCUGAUUGUUUUCUUGACUAUAGGCAUUAGCCAUUCUAGAGUGGUUAGAACUGAUGUGGAAAAAUAGUAUAAUUUUGAUGCUUUAACUUUCAAAAUUAGUGGAUAAUCAAACAUGAGGGAUGCUCUUUAUAUAUUUUUGUGCUUGGAUUCUUAAAUUUUAAAAAAUAUAUAUAUAAUACUGGUAUAAUUGCAAUGGAAGUUUUAUUAUAAUUAAUUUCUAGUACUUAAUUUAUGAGCUAAUUAUUUUUAUGAACAAUUAUAUUGAUACUUGCGUAAGUACUCUAUUGCUUUCUUUUCAUGGUGUCAUUUCUCUGUCUGAACAAACAGGAAAAUAUAGUGUUUGAUUGAUCAAGCUGACUGUGCAUUGUAAAUUACAAGUUGCAAUUUAUUAAUAAAUGAUAAAAUAUUUGUUUCAAUAUAAUAACAUGUUACUCAACAUGCUUUGCAUGGUCAAUAUGAAUUGUUUUGUCUGUAAUGUGUAAGAGGCAAUGCAUCUAAAUAUUAAUUUGAUUGGAACAAAAGGUAACUUGUUCUUCACUGUUAUGUGAUGUAAACAUUUUGAUUAGAAUCAAUUUUUGAGUAAAAUAACGCAUAUAUUUUUGUUCUUUGAUUUUUCAUUUUUACUGAUGUUAGUCUUAAAUCAAAAUAUAACUGUAAGGAAGUAGAAGAUUAGAACAGGAAGAUGAUAAAAAUAUGUUUUUACCGUUCAAGUAUUUUUUUAUUUUUCCAAUUAUAAAUGAAAAUGGCAAGUUGCUGAAUCUUUGUAUUUCUUUAUUUUUCAAACAAAAUAAUUUUUUGUUAUUGUCUUUGUAUUCUAGUCUAUUGACCAAUUUAUUUCCAUUUUUUAACAUUAUACUACACACUAGAACAAGGAAUUGGUGCCAUGUAAAAGUUAUGAAAUAAUUUUGGGGCAUUUGAAGUUGCUUAUGAUGUUAUAGACAAUAUUUUAUAGAUUGCCAAAUAUUUAGGUUCAAGAUGUCUAUAUUUUAAGUUACAUAUAUAAUUCUUUUUUGAAAAGCCUAAGGAGAAUUUUUUAAGCUCACAUACUGUGUUAAGGUUUAUUUUAUAUCAGAAUCCUUUUCACUCUUUCUUAACACCAAGCUCAAUAUUAAGCUUCCAAGACAAAAGUGUUAAAAAAAAAAAAAAUCUUAACAAUUUUUUUUUUAAUCGAGGUUCUAUAAUGCAAUCCUUAAAUUGUUAUUUUGGGCAUGUAUUGUGAUUAAUAUUUUAUAGCACUAGUUAAAAUUCCCACCGUGUUUAUUUCUUAUUACCGUGUUUAAGUAAAAAAUUGUAUAUGAAAUUUUUAUAUCGCAAGAACUUAUUUUCAUAUGUCUAUAAUGAAUUAUAAUCAAAAACUAGACAACUGAGCUAUGGGGUUGCAUUUCUUUAAUAAUAAAGAACAUUCAUUGUUAUAUAUUCUAUGAACAAAAUAUAAUGUUCAGUGUGAAUGUAGCAUGCAGGGUUUCUAUCUUUUUCUCAAAAAAAUGCUCAAUCUUAAUACAAUUGGACAGAUUUUUUUUUAAAUGGAUGUCUGUAUUUUAGUAUAAUGUAAUAAUGUGCAAGAAUUAACAAGAAAUAUUUUGUACAAUUCUGCUCAAUUUUUUUGCAAACUUUUUAUAUAAAAUUUAUUGAAAAGCUUUCAUUUUUUUAAAUAAUAAAAUGUACAUAGAAAUAUAGUUGGUCUUUAAAUUAUAUUUCUAACUAAAUGUAUUCAUGUUUGUAAGUAAUAAUUUGUUCCUGCAUUCAUUAUUUUUUACAGUUAUUUCAUGUACAAGGCAGCUAUUUGUGUAAAAUACUCAUAUUUGCAAGGCUAAGUUUUUAAUUUAUUUUUAGAUCAACAAUUUAAUAGAUGAAGUGAAAAAAUUAUUCCCAACAUCAGUUAAGAGUGCAAUUCCAGCUUAUUUCAACAUUCUAAUUGAGCAUAAAUUUAAUGUAUAAUUUAAAUUUGGUCCUUGUGCCAUAAAACCAAACCUUAAUUAUAUUUUGAUAUUUUUUUAAAUAAAAGUUUAACAAUUUUUUUUAUAAAAACAGAUAGAAUUCCUAUUGAUAGUACCAUUUUUUAUUAAAUACUAAGCUUUUGAAAUUUUAUUUUAAAUAAAUAGAACUCCUGAAUAACAAACGAUCAUCAAAAAUGCAACCGAUUAAUCUUAAUAUUUAUUCUUUCAUAAUUUUGUGUGUAUUUAACUAAUUCCAUCCAACAAAAUGCCUUUAUUGUAAAAAUGUUGAAUUAUUUUUUCAUGUGAUUAUUACUUAAUUAAUGUACUUAAUAAAAGUUAUAUUCAGCUCAUUUUUAUAAUUAUGGCAAAAGUCAUAAAAAUUUAAUGGUGUUUGUUUGCAUACUUUAUAUUUUUCAAGAAUAUAUCUUUUUCUAAACUUUGUUUCAUACUGAAGCUGUGUGGCGCUUAUACAUAUGACAUACCAUUUGAGAUAGUUUAAAAUGCAUGGUUUUUAUGGCUGUUCUAAAAAUUUUGUAUUACAAAUUCUCUCAAAUGCUUGGUUCUUCAUAAUUAUAAAAUUUAUUUAAAUGUUUGUAUAUUUAGUCAUUUUGUGAUAGUGUAAUAAUAUUUGUACACAUUCCACUUCCGAGUUGGACAAUGCACAAUUUAACAUGUUGGUAUUUUUUUAAUGAAUUCAAAAACAAUUCAAGUUCCUUGAACACAUAUUUUAAAGUGAAAAUUUUGCUUCAGAUAU